CAGAAACGUGCUUACAACAUGAGACCAAUGGGAGUCGUGUGAAUUGGUUUUAUGUUGAUAAAUUGUUUUAGAUUUAAUUGUAAUUUAUAAUAAUUAAUUAUUUGCAAAAAUGGGUAAUGUACAUGCUUCUUCACCUCCUCCACCUUUAACUACGGUCCCAGAACCUCCACCAACACCUCAGGUACCUUCUGAACCGGUAGAUGAUGGAAAAUCAAGAUUAUCCACCAUGGAAGAGCUUCACAAGAAAUGUAAAGAUAUAUUCCCUAUGCCUUUUGAUGGAGCUAGGAUUGUUUUCAAUCGAGGUCUUAGCAAUCAUUUCCAGAUAAAUCACACGGCCUCAAUGUCCACCAUGCAACCAUCGGCGAGUGGUUAUAAAUUUGGGGCCACUUAUGUUGGUAAUCAAAUUGUUGGUCCAGGAGAAGCUUAUCCAGUUUUACUUGGUGACAUUGAUCCAAGUGGAAACUUGAAUGCAAAUAUGUUAUGUCAAUUUCAUCCUAGAUUAAGGACGAAAGCUGUAGUUCAGAUUCAAGAUUCAAAGACUGCUGGUUAUCAAGUUUCUAAUGAUUAUCGAGGAGAUAAUUACACUGCCUCAGUAAUUUUAGGCAAUUUUGAUCCUGUAACAUUUUCGGGAAUGUCUAUAUUUCAUUAUCUUCAACCAGUUUCACCUACAGUAGAUUUAGGUGCUGAAUUAGCUGUACAAUUUGGUCCUGCAAUUCCUGAUGGAAUAAUAUCAGCUCUUUCGGUGGCUGGAAGAUACACUUCUCCAGAUAAUUUCAUUUUAAGCGGUACAUUUAGUCCUUCCCAACUUCACGCUUGUUACUAUCAAAAAGCUAGUGAUCAAUUACAGUAUGGCGUUGAAGUUGAUACCAAUAUAAAGAUGCGAGAAAGUUAUGCAAAAUUUGGUUACCAAGUAGAUCUACCGAAAAUGGAUGCAUCUUUUAAAGGUUCCAUUAGCUCGGAUUUCGGUAUAACUGGAGUCUAUGAGAAAAAGUUAGCACCCUUACCUCUUAUUCUUACCCUUAGUGGGCAUAUUGUCCAUGGACGGAAUCCUCUCUACAGAUUUGGAGUCGGCUUGACGCUGGGUUAAUUAACUUACCAAUUAAACACACAAACACUCAAUCAAACACAACACCAACAACAACAACAUAGUAGUUUUGUCUAAUUAACAACCCAAACACAAACACACGUAAGAAUAUAUAAAUAGUCCUUAUUAUUUGGAAUAGUUCAUUUUGUUAAUAAAAAAUAAGAAAAAAAUAGAGAAAAUGGAGAAAAUGAUUAUCAAUGUAGUGAUUUAUAUCAAUUAACUAAUUUUUGUUCAUCAUCAUACCAAUAUAAUUUACAAAGAAUCAACCUGAGGAUAAUUUUUAACAUUAUUUUGUUGAUUAUUGAACACACAGAAAGAAAAGAAAGAAAGAAAAAGCAAUUACUCUAAUCCAGUUACAUUAUAAUUGUGAUUUAAACAUCAGACCAAUUAUAUUACCAACACAAUUUGUUUUUCCUCUGUUCUAAUCAUCAUCAUUUAAAAAAGGACAACAACUAAUCCAUAUUAAGACAAGCCAAAUUUGACUGCCAAAAACUCAACAAUUAACGUGCCGCCAUUAAAGGGAUCCCAAUACAUCCCUCUAGUUGAUUAAUUAUUAACAAAAAUCACUAAAUUAAUGGACAAAAAUUAAGCGAGUGUUAAUCUUUGUUUUUGUUUUCGCAAUGAAAAGUAUUUACAAAAAAAAAGAAAACAAUUUAGUUGUAAUAUUAAUUGUUCAAUAUUGUUGAUAUAAAGAACAAAACAAUUUUUUCCUCUCUCUAAAUUAA